UCUCCACACACACACUGACAAACAUCUGGAAAUAAUCUUUUCCUUCUCACUGCCCUUUAGAGUUUAGUUCUUCUUCCAGAUUUGACAUGGAAUUGUUUUUGUGCGCCUUUCAAAGCAAGAGAUUAGCAUUGUUUGUAUCUUGUGGCACUACCCUGAAUCAAUAAAACGGCACUGAGCAUGGCGUGGCCCAGGGGCUCCCUGCUGGCUCUCUGGCUGCUUCUCAUUUUGAGCUGUGGGCUGGUGAAGUGCCAGAACAAGGCCAAGGAGGAGGAAGAAGAGGAGACAACCCCCUCUACUGGGCAGGAGGUGCAAGCCUGUCCUCUGGACUGCACAUGUAACCAGGAGGACAUGGUGGACUGCGGGGGUGUGGAUCUCAUAGAGUUCCCCCGCAGAAUACCAGAGACCACACGACACCUCUCCCUGCAGAACAACCAGAUCAAUAAAAUCACUCUGGAGGAACUCUCCCGGCUGGACAGACUGGAGACUCUCAAUCUGCAGAACAACAGACUCACUUCUGAUGGAUUAGAAGAUGAAGCCUUCGAACUGCUGGACAGCCUGCAAUAUUUAUACUUGGCGAACAAUAAGCUCACAGCAGCUCCCAAAUACCUCCCCCCUUCGCUAGUCAGUGCAGACUUCGCAGCCAACCAGCUGACCAGGAUCUACCCCUACACCUUCGGGCAGAAGUCUGGCCUCAAGUCAGUGUAUCUCCAUAACAACAAGCUGACGGACGCAGGGAUGCCUGAUGAGAUGUUCAAUGGAUCUGACAGCCUGGAAGAAUUAAUAUUAUCCAGCAACUUCCUUAAAUAUGUUCCCAAGAACCUCCCUUCUGCCCUGCACAGGCUCCACUUAAGGAACAACAAGCUGGAGAAGAUUCCUAAGGGAGCAUUCAACAGCCUCUCCAAACUGCGAGAGCUGUACCUGCAGAACAACCACCUCAGCAACGCUGGGAUGGACAACGAGACCUUCUACUACCUGAACAGCCUGGUGUAUCUGGAUCUCUCCUACAACAACCUGAGCGUGGUCCCCAGCGGGCUGCCACGGAACUUGGUCCUGCUGCACCUGGAGAAGAACGCCAUCAGGAGCAUCCCGGCCAUGGUGCUGAGUCCCGUCCGCAACCUGGAGUACCUGCUCCUGCACAACAACAAUCUGCGCUGGCAGGCCAUCCACCCUCUGGCCUUCCAGGGGCUGAAGAAGCUGCACACCCUGCACAUGUACAACAACCAGCUGGAGCGCAUCCCCCGCGGGCUGCCCCGCCGCGCCAAGACCCUCAUGCUGCUCCACAACCAGAUCACCGAGAUCAGCCGCAACGACCUGGCCACCGCCUACACCGUCACUGAGCUCAACCUCAGCUACAACAAGCUGACCAGCCCCAAGUUGCACAAAGAGGCCUUCCGCAAGCUGCGCCUGCUCCUGAGCCUCGACCUGUCCGGGAACAGCCUGCAGACCUUCCCCACGGGGCUGCCCAAGAGCCUGCAGGUCCUGAAGCUGAAGGACAACGAGCUGGCUGUCAUCCCCGACGGAGCCCUCUCCGGCAUGAGCAAGCUCAGGGAGGUGUACCUGAGCAGCAACAAGCUGAAGGUGAACUCCAUCUACCAGGGGGCCUGGCAUGAGCUCACCAGCCUGAGCACGCUGGACCUGUCCUCUAAUCAGCUGUCCCACAUCCCCUCGGACCUCCCGGAGUCUCUGGAGUUCCUCCACCUGCAGAGCAACCUCAUCAGCAGCAUCGAGGAGAGCGCCUUUGAGAGCACGCCCAACAUCAAGGGCAUCUUCCUCAGAUUUAAUCGGCUGGCUGUGGGUGCAGUGGAGAAAAAUGCCUUUGUGAAUCUCAAAAGCCUGCAGGUCCUGGACCUGGGGCCGUCCAUGAAAAUGCCAGGGAUCGCCUCCAAGAACGAGCAAGGAGAGUGGUCAGAGGAGGAGGAGGAGGAGGAGGAAGAGCUGGACUAGAACGACUAGAACAACAAACCACUGACUGAGUCUAAAUCUCAAGAGCCACAUUGGAUCCACAUGCACAGCCUUCAAAGAUUGUCCAAACCAAUAAGGGGCUGUUUUUCUCUCAAUGCCUAAAAAAAAGUCAAGAAGUCUUCAUAGCAGCCUGUUGGGAACCUGUUUGGAAGCCGAGUGAACAGAACACAAGCAGAUGUUUCUGUCUCAAGAGUCUGAAAGAUACUUUUCUGACUUUACAAACAUUAUAUUGCCUACUCUGCGUGCAUAUUUCGAGGACAACGUCCUUCAGCAUGCUUUCUACCUUUCACUUCUCAUAUUAAUGGCUUUACUCAUAUCAAGCAAACUGUGUAUCCCCACCUCUUCGAUACAAAGCGAGUAGCACAAUGAAACCAGUGAGGAUUGAGAAGCCACCAGCAGGUACUAGUGGCUAGAAAGCCACGAUGAUGAAGGGGAUUAAGUUGACAAACAUGAUGUUUUCAUGACGACAGUAAUCCUUGUGCAUCUUUGCCAUGUGACAAUGAUGGCUCCAUGUUCGCAGUUUCACAGGGAUGCUGGGGCAGGUAUGAAUAGACUUUCCAUAAAGCGAACCUUGACUGCAGGAGAAGCGAUUAUCUGAGACAAGACUGAACUAACCUUUCUUUUUAUAUAAAUGAUACAUUAUUUUUUGCGGGAAGCCGCUCUGUCGUUCAUUUUAAUACAAGACAGUACAAUACUAUUUCUUAUUAUAUAGCUCCCUUCACAGCAUGGCAUCCCAGAGCGCUGUACAAACAUACAAAACAACAAGGGAGCUCAUGUGUGCAAUACACUCCAGCUACAACCAAUUAUACAAAUGCACAUUCAAAACUUUUCAAUUUAGACCUCAAAGAAUCCAGUGAUACAACCAGCCUAAUGUCAGCCAGAAGAGUUCCAGCUUCCUCGCUGUAUUCAGCAUGUUUUCUACCUUUCAGUAGCAAGCAAACCGCUUGUCCCCACCUCUGCAAUACAAAAGCGACUAACACAAUGAAAGCAGUGAACAGCCACCUGCAGGUACUAACAACCAGACAUUUCAGAACUGGAAUUCUCAGAACACAUCUGAGUAUAAUUUCAUAACUGGAAUUCUCAGAACACAUCUGAAUGGAAUUUCAGAAUUGUUAUUUUCAGACACAUCUGAAUGGAAUUUCAGAAUUGUUAUUUUCAGACACAUCUGAAUGGAAUUUCAGAAUUGUUAUUUUCAGACACAUCUGAAUGGAAUUUCAGAACUGGAAUUCUCAGAACACAUCUGAAUAUAAUUUCAGAACUGGAAUUCUCAGAACACAUCUGAAUAUAAUUUCAGAACUGGAAUUCUCAGAACACAUCUGAAUGGAAUCUCAGAAUUUGAAUUCUCAGAACACAUCUGAAUGGAAUUUCAGAAUUGUUAUUUUCAGACACACCUGAAUGGAAUUUCAGAAUGGUCUCCUCGUUUGGCUCUGUCAGAAUCAGGACCAGGGCUGCUAUCAGUUUGAAUGGACUCACCUUUCCUGGAGUUAGCUUCUUACUGAUGCAAAGUCUGUAGAUUCUGUGACCUUUCUAAUAUUUCUUUUUUUGCAGCAUGUUGAAGUAAUAUAACUUGUGCAAGCAGAUAGCAACAGCCCUCUUACCCUUUCAUGAGGGAAGGUUUCAGCGCAGUUCUCUGAAUACCCAAUGCUCUACACCCACCAUCUUUACAUUGAAAUACUGUGUCUGCAACUUCUAGAAUUACCAAUGAAGAAACGCUAACUCACUCACCAUGCAUUAUUAUUAGCUACAAAGAAAUGGUUUCCACAAAGCUUACCAGUGAUUUAUACGGAGUGUUACCUUUAUUAUUUGCAUUUUAUUGUGCAGUUUGUAGGGGAAACAAAGAUGAAAUGAAGAAAAGAAAAACAUACAUUUGC